AUGGUCAUCGCUGGUCGACUUUUACUGCUACUGCUACUGAUACAAUACGUAGGGUGCAUUUCUUCAACCUCAAACUUCCAAAAAACCUUAGUCACCUACACCGUUUCCCUAAUCGAAUACCUCGCCUCGAAACAAUCUGGAAUCUUCGAUUGUUGGCUGUAUCAUGCCUGCAGUGAUCCUCCCGGAACAAGCAGACUGCUGCAGGAGAUCGCCGUCCAACUGGAUUGGAUUCCACGACGCACCAUCGACAGUCGCUUCCCGUGGUCAGAUGAUGCUUCGGAGUGGAAGACUCCUUCACUGGUUAUAAUUCACGUCGAGUUCACCAGCCACAAACCAGCUGUGAUGGACAACGUUGGCGAAUUGUUGGGUUUCCUUGACCGUCAGACAAAGAUUCUGGUGCUGCUAAGUACUCGAUCACGGUUGAUUUCCGUGGUGACUUUCGCCUCGCCAAUCACAACCGGCAAGCUGUUCAACAUGGCCUUUCUGUCGGUCGAUCAAGAGCUGCUGAUAUUCCCGGAUAUUAAAGCGGAACGAUUCGCCAAAUUUCGCAAACUUUGGGCUCCCGAAGCGAUGUUUCCAGAUCAGUCGAGGUAUCUCCACGGGACUCCGCUGUGGUACAGCGUCUUCAAUGGACUGUUGAACGCUUGCAUCGGGAACAACUGCGCGGGAUAUGAUGUGAGCGUUGUCGAAGAAUUUGCGAGAUAUCUCAACACUACGGCGCACUACGAAAGAUUCGUUUGCCCGUACGAAAUUGAUCGACGGCAAGAAUCCGUUGCUGAAUGCGUCUACAGUGUCAUGAUGGAGCCGGACUGUUUGUUGGAUAUAUUUGCCGACCCAUCAACGGCCAUCAGUUACAUGAAACACUAUUUGGAGGAGCCAAUUCCGUACGACAAAGUUCUGAUUGCUCCACGUGGAAGGUCGCUGAACAUCGCUGAGCUGUUCCUGCGACCAUUUCAAACCGAAUUGUGGAUUCUGUUCUUCAUCGGGAUGGCAUCGGUCAAGUUGAUUUCCGUCCUGAUCCCCAACACCUUCGAGAAUGAUCCACUCCUUUUACCGAUUUGCGGCUUUGAGCGCCUCAACCUGAAUCAAGCGAACAGGAAAGAAAAGGUGGUGAUGAUCUCCCUCAUUGUACUGUUCUUCUUCGCCUCCAACGCGUACGAAUCGAAGAUCAUCUCUCUGAUGAGCAGCAAACCUCGUGUUACGGCGGUCACCACCAUCCAGGACAUCCUGGAUACCGCAACCCCGGUCAAAGCUGGCUACAUGUCGGAAGUGGAGUUCCCGAUCUUCAAGUCGCUCUACAUCUACCAAGAGGAGUCGCCGAACCAGCUCGACGGAACCAGCGUUUACCUGACGAAUGGUGCGAUCGCCGCCCACAUGGUGCAACGUAAGGUCAACUGGGACUACGAGAGCAACCAACCGCGGUACAAAAUUAUGCAGGAGGUGCUGGCGCUGCUGAUUGGAUUCUACCCGAUGCCCAUCAGAAGUGCGCUCAAACCUCACUUUCGUUUUGUGUUGAAAGCCCUCCUGGAAGCGGGUAUUCUGGACCGCUGGCGCCGCGAGUGGUUCAAACGAGGUGAUUUGCGAUACUCCGAUCCGACGCAGGCGGGAGGCGUUAACCCGGGAAGGACACGGACGGCUGGCGAUAGGUCCGAGAAGCAGCAGCAGAAGUCGGAGAGUCCAUCCGACGACCGAGAAGCCACCCCCGUUGGCGUACUGCAGGAGGAGCUCAACGGUCAUCCGGACGGAACAACGACGACCGCAGUGCAGAUCGGGGCCCCGCAGCAGAUCAUCGGUGCACAAGGAAAUAGGAAGAAGGAUCGUGUGAGGUAG